AUGGGCUACCCAGUCAUCCCCAUCACGGACACGGAAAAACCAACCCAGAAGAGAUCAUCUUUUGCAAGAGAAAGAUGGUGGAGAUCUACAUUAACAGCUACUCCUGUUCCUGGCACUUACCACUUGAAAACUUUUCUUGAGGAAUCCCUAUUAAAUCCAGUGUCCACAACCUAUAAUUUUAAAAAUGAAGGAAGAAAAAAACCACCUCUUGUGCACAGAAACAAUCCAGUACUGAAUGACCUUCCUCUGUACAUGCCUCCUAACUUCUUGGACCUGUUGAAGAAGCAAAUGGCCACUUACUCGUUUAAAGACAAGCCUCGGUCAAGCCCCGGCUCUCUGGCUAGAGAUCAGUCAAUUCAGCUGUCACCAGGACAAUAUGAUGUACUUCCUCCUCCAGUUCCCAAGUAUGCUUCCAGGAACUUUGUAUUUCGUUCUACAGUUCAGAGAUUUCCAACAUCUUAUUUCACUCCUCACGAAGGUCCAGGACCAGGGCAUUACAACUUGAACAUUCCUUCAGCAAGUGCUGUUACUUCUUGUUUUCAAUCCAAAGUACCUCGAUUCUUGCCCUCCUGUUCAAAAACCCCGGGCCCAGGAGCGUAUGCAGCCUCAGCACAGUUCCCCAGGCAGCCCAGGUCCAUAGCCAAAAUGGGGCGACAGCACAGCCUCUUCUUCGACAACACAAUCGGCUUUUAA